AUGAUGACAGAAAAAACUAAAAAAUCUCAUAAAGAUUGGUGGCGUCAUUCAGUUGUGUAUCAAAUCUAUCCACGUUCAUUUUUUGAUUCUAAUGGUGAUGGUAUUGGUGAUAUUCAUGGUAUAACAAUGAAACUUGAUUAUAUUAAAAAAUUAGGUGUCGAUAUUGUUUGGUUAAGUCCAGUUUAUGAUUCACCAAAUUAUGAUAAUGGUUAUGAUAUACGUGAUUAUAGAAAAAUUAUGACGGAAUUUGGUACAAUGGAUGAUUUUGAUGUUCUAUUAAAAGAAAUGAAAAAACGUGAUUUAAAAUUAGUUAUGGAUCUUGUCGUUAAUCAUACAAGUGAUGAACAUCCAUGGUUUCUUGAAUCAAAAAAAGGUAAAGAUAAUCCAUAUAGAAACUUUUAUCAUUGGCAACCUGGUAAACAAGGACAACCACCAAAUAGAUGGCGUGCUUGUUUUGGUGGUUCAUGUUGGACAUAUGAUAUUAUCACCAGUGAAUAUUAUUUACAUACAUUUACAGAAAAACAACCAGAUCUCAAUUGGACUAAUCCUUUAGUACGUGAAGAAAUUUUUAAAAUAAUGCGUUGGUGGCUUGAUAAAGGUGUUGAUGGAUUUCGUAUGGAUGUUAUUAAUUUUAUUUCUAAAGCCGAUGGUUAUCCCGAAGGUAAACCUAUUGAUGAUGAUCAUCAUCAAACAGAUGGUUCACCGUAUUUUAUAAAUGGACCACAUGUACAUGAUUAUAUUCAAGAAAUGAAUGAAAAAGUUUUAAGACAUUAUAAUAUAGUUACUGUUGGUGAAUGUCCAGGUGGUCAUUUAGAAGAUGCAGAAUUAUUUAGUUCACCAGAACGAAAUGAAUUAAAUAUGAUAUUUACAUUUGAACAUAUGGAUUUAGAUGGUGGUAAAUGGACACCAAAAUUACUUGAUUUAAGACUUUUAAAAGAUAAUUUUACAGAAUGGCAAAAACAUUUAUAUAGAAGAGGAUGGAAUAGUUUAUAUUGGAAUAAUCAUGAUCAACCAAGAAUUGUUUCACGAUGGGGAAAUGAUUCACCACAAUAUCGAGUAUUGUCAGCAAAAAUGCUUGGUACAUGUUUACAUUUUCUUUGUGGAACACCGUAUGUUUAUCAAGGAGAAGAAAUCGGUAAAUAA